GAAUUCAUCCACUCCACAGUCCGAUGACCUCCUUAAUCAAGCACCUCGUUUGAGCUCUAUGAAUGAUGUCGGAAAGGCAAAAAGUGUGGCAUCAGAUCCUCAGUUUGAGGAACGGUUGCAAGCAGUAAAAAGGUUGGCACUAAAGCAGAAAAAAGCAGAGGAAGAGAAAGCAUACGGAGCAAUUGACUAUGAUGCUCCGAUCGAGUCCGAAAGUACUACAAUUGGACUGGGUACCAAGAUUGGAGUUGGAGCAGCUGUUAUUGUAUUUGGACUCGUAUUUGCACUUGGUGACUUUCUUCCUUCUGGAAGUGUUAGUCCCACUGAGGAGAUUUCCAGCACUGAUAAGAGAAUUGCUGAAGAUGAGAGAGCUAACCUCCUGAAGACGCUUCAGCAAAUUGAGGCAACACUGGCUUCCUCACCAGAGGAUUCAAUCUCCCUUGAAGGAGCUGCUGUGACCUUAGCACAACUGGGGGAGUACAAUCGAGCCUCUUCCCUUCUUGAGGAUUUGAUUAAGAAGAAACCGAGUGACCCUGAUGUCUACCGCUUGCUUGGAGAAGUCAAAUAUGAACUGAAGGAUUAUGAAGGAAGUGCUACUGCUUUUAGGAUGUCUUGCAUG